AUGGCUGCUCCGAAGGUACUCGUGUUUGGUGCCCUCAACGGCGCGCUCAAGCCUGCCUUCACUAAGGCUGCCACCUUGCACUCCAAGAACAAGUUCGACUUCGCCAUCAUUUCCGGCAACCUCUUUGCCGAAUCUGACGAUGAAACCGCGGCUUCCCUACUGAACGGCGAGAUUGCUGUGCCCCUUCCGACCUAUUUCACCGUCGGCACAUCCGCCCUUCCCGCUGCCAUCGUUGCCAAGAUCGAGGCCAACGAGGAGAUAUGCGAAAACCUACACUUCCUCGGCAAGCGCAGCGUCACCAAGACUACAGAUGGUGUUCGUCACGACGCGAAGACGCUCAAAGGCGCGGGCCAAGCCGAUAUCCUGCUGACAACCGUCUGGCCUGCCGGCGUCUGGACCGGAUCCAAGACCGCUCUUAUCCCUGAGAACCAGGCCCUCACCACCAGCACACAGGAAGAAGGCUCUGAAGAGCGCCCGGUGACCCGGUUCAUCUCCAUGGCACCCUACGGCAACGCAACCAAAGCAAAGGCCAUGUAUGCAUUCACCCUAUCUCUGGGUUCGACAUCGCUCGACCAACCUGCCGGCACUACGGCCUCGCCGUUCGCCGCCAGGGUACCGAAGCGGAAGCCCCUAGACGACGCCCCCUACAGCCGUUUCGCCGAUAGCCACGACGGCAAGCGUCACCGCGGAAAGCGCGGACGCAACCGCUCGCCGCCUCCCGGUCCGGAGCGCUGCUUCUUCUGCCUGUCCAACCCGAAUCUCUCCCUCCACAUGGUGGCCACCAUUGGCGAAGACAGCUACCUUGCUACCGCCAAGGGGCCGCUCGCCAAGCCAACGACGUUCACCGAGCACGGCAUCAACUUCCCCGGCCACAUCAUCAUCACGCCCAUGGCGCACACCCCGACCAUCGCGAGCACGAGCGCCGAGAGCUACUCGGCAGCCGAUGCGCAGCGGACCCUCGACGAGAUGACGCGCUUCCGCGAAUCCCUCCAGGCCAUGGUCGCCGCCAAGUCCGGCCACAAGCUCGGCGCCAUCACGGGGGGAGAUCAGCCGCGGCCGCAACAUCCACAGCCACUGGCAGUUCCCCCCCCGUGCCGGCCGACCUCGUGCAGAGGGGCCUCGUCGAAGCCGGUUUCCGGCGUCGAGGCCGAAAAACAGCAAGUACCCGGCCCUCGAGGCCCGCGACCUGCCGACGCUCGAGAGCCAGCAGGCCGCCGGCGACUUCUUUCCGCCUCUGGCUGUGGGCCGACAAUGGCGACGACCGUAUCAAGGGCACGUGUCUCGUCAUGCCGCUGCCCGACGCGCCCGACGCGCCGCGCUUCGAUCUCCAGUACCCUCGCCGCGUUGUUGCCAAGCUCCUUGGCCUGGAGGACCGCUUCGUCUGGCAGGACUGCGCCCAGACUGAGAACGAGGAAAAGGCCGACGUCGACGCUUUUCGCGAGGCCUUUCGCGAGUGGGACUUUACGCUACCACCCGCAACAGCAUAGUUUGUUCCUCCAGUGGUGCCUACCUACCUAG